CGCACCAGAGCGCACGGGACCUCAGGAGGCAACACACUCCUCUCAUGAGGUCCAUCUCGAUCAUCAGCAAAUAGAUUACAACUCCUUGUUUAGUUAGUUUGGAUAUGAUUUGUCCUCUGGAGCAUUUUUCUUCUGGCACGUGCAUCACGAACGCUGCGUCUAUGACCUGAGGCUGCAGGAGAGCGCGCGACAUGGAGACGUUCACGAUACAAGACGUGCUCAUGAACUCCACCGACCUCAACAAGAUUCUGUGCAAUUUCGGGAUAAAGAAUAUUUCGGAUUGCGAAGAGGAGCGCGAGCCAUCGCCCGAACCCCAAGAUAUCAACCAGACCGUGCGGAUCUUCCUCUACAGCCUCAUCUUCCUCCUCAGCGUCCUGGGCAACAGCCUCAUCCUCGUCGUGCUGGUGAGGAACCGCCGCAUGAGGACCGUCACCAACCUCUUCCUGUUGUCCCUGUCCAUCAGCGACCUGAUGGUGUCCCUGGUCUGCAUCCCCUUCACCCUCAUCCCCAACCUCAUGAGGGACUUCAUCUUCGGAGCCGGCAUAUGCAAGCUGGUCAUGUACUUCAUGGGUGUCUCAGUCAGCGUUUCCACCUUCAACCUGGUGGCCAUCUCCCUGGAGCGCUACAGCGCCAUUUGCAACCCGCUGACCUCCAGGUCGUGGCAGACCAAAUCCCACGCCGCCAAGGUCAUCACCGCCACCUGGGUGGUGUCCUUCAUCCUGAUGCUGCCCUACCCCAUCUCCAGCACCCUCAAGCCUUUUACCCGCCUCAACAACAGCACGGGGCACAUGUGCCGCCUGGUGUGGCCCAACGACACCAUCCAGCAGUCCUGGUACGUGUCUCUGUUGCUGUUGCUCUUCCUGAUCCCCGGCAUCGUCAUGAUGACAGCGUACGGACUCAUCUCCAUGGAGCUCUACAGAGGCAUCAAGUUUGAGCUGUCCAAUAGGAAAUCCAGCAGAGACAGGCAGUGCAGCACUGGCAGCAUCAAACCCGGUGACAGUGACGGCUGCUACAUGCUGCCGUCUAAGAAGAGGAGCCUCACGCUGUGCAGCAGCAGCUCUUCCCACUCCAGCACAAAGCACAUGGCGGUGGGUCGUGUGUGCAGCAGCAGCAGCAGCUCCACAGCCAACCUGAUGGCCAAGAAGCGCGUGGUCCGCAUGCUGCUGGUCAUCGUCUUUCUCUUUUUCCUCUGCUGGACCCCCGUGUUCGUGGUCAACGCGUGGCAGGCGUUCGACCGGCGCUCGGCCUACCGCCUGACCGGUGCGCCCAUCUCCUUCAUCCACCUGCUGUCCUACACCUCGGCCUGCGUCAACCCCAUCAUCUACUGUUUCAUGAACAAGCGUUUCCGCCAGGGCAUGCUGGCCACCUUCGGCUGCUGCAGCCGCUUCAGGAGGAGCGACUCGAGGGGGUCAGCCGGAAGCGCCAAAGGGGACGUGGGACGAACGAGACCGGCGCCAAGGACCGUCGAGCAGAACGGCCACACCCCGACGAGCGGGGCCACCACACGCCUCACCUACACUGGCAUCCGAGCAUCAGCCUGGAGUGAGCUGACCUAGAGUGGACUGAGAGAGGAGCAGCCCGAGUUAAGACACUUGUAGAGAGUCUGUGUUGUUGUACUGACAGGACCAGUUUACGAGCAGCCAUGUUGCUUUAGCUUGACGUGUGACACGUGAGCACUAGCGUUAAAGAGCUCGAAGCAGCAGUGGUGCACAUCCAGAGCUCUCUCUCUCUCUCUCUCUCUCUCACUGCAGAACAUACGGCCACAUGUUUCUGGAAAACCCUGAAGGACCACAAGAUGAAGCAGAACACGCAGAUUAAUGUAGUCGACAUGUGCUCUUUAAACUAAUUGUAGCUCUGCCACAGCCACAAAACCGUCUCUCCUCUCUGUGCCAGAUCGGUGCCGGAAGUUUCAGUCUCCGCAAACAAUAAAAAAAUAAAGAAUAAAAACAAAGUUUCUCAAAAGGCAAAAAUCUCAAAACCUGGACGAAUAAAACCAUCAACAUCUACGUGAUACACAAAAGAUAAAACGUUUUUGUGGCUUUAUUUCUUUACCGUUUGGAUUUUAGUUGAACUGAACCUUAAGAUGUUAGGACACAAGUAUAUCUGUCAAAGAAGGUGAGACAAACUUUAAAUAAGUUCUUUACUCUGAAAAGGGAACGAACCCACCUACAGGGGCAUUAGUAGAUUUUCUGCAUAUCACAUGAUCUUAUGAUUUGUAGCCACCAGGUGGAAGUCGAGAAGAUUUGGGAGAGCUGUCAUGACAUCCAUCUUUGGAAUAAAGUCUAUGGUCUGGAAGUAUCGCACAGAACAAAACAAACUCCUAAAAACUUUGCUCCAAAUGCUAUUUAGUCAAUAAACCACAGAUUUUAGCUUUAAUGGUUUGAUCAUCAUCAGCUUAAUUCUCAAAAACGUCAACAUAUCCCUUUAAAACUCACUGUGAUGGAUUACGCAACUGAAAUAUUUGACUUUCUGUAUUCCGGUGUUGAGUCAUGAGUAACAGAAACUCCUCACGAUUUGUGGUUAAUUGGCUUCGACGUGACGAACACUGAUGUGGUCCUUCAACUUGUUUUUAGGUGCUUGAGGCUGCGAAUCAAAGGCCUUUAACCGAACAGGCGUUCAUUAGUCAUUUUCAGCAGCAGCUGCCUGCCGCAGUACGCAGCACUUUCAAAACAUCCCCCCCACCCCCACCCGGCACACAAACUGUCUCAUCCUUGACCCCGCUGUGAGUGUGAGCUGGAGCGGCCUUAUCGUUUCUGUGGGACCUGAAACACCUGGUUCACCCACUUUUUUCUUCAAAGGCAUCUUGCCGACUUUGUUUUUAAAGAAUAAACAGCGUUAAUGUAGCAACUUAUAUCUUUUUAUUUCCUCAUGUCACUUUGUUGUCAUUAUUGUUGUUAUUGUUUUGGGUCUGAUAUGAAACGCUGAGAGUUGUGGUAUCUUGUUUGACCGUAUGAUAACGUGCCUAUAGCCUGUGGCUACGCGACUGAAUGUAAAAACAUAAUCCCAGUGAUUUCAGUGGUUGUGCGUCUGAAAGCAGUUCCGGGGACGACAUUGUGCUCUCUUACAAACCUAUGAAUAACCAACGCGUGGUUGACCAUAUAAAGACCUUGAAUGGCCACUGUGCAACUGCGUCUGCGAAGACUUGGGGCAGAGCAACUCAGAGCUUUUAACGGCUUUAAUAAAAGUGGAUCUAAAGGACAGAGGGGCAUUAGGGCCCAGACAAGUGGCGGAAAGAAAAGGGGGGAAUCUGCUGGGACUUCUUCCCGGGGAUAAGAGCUCCAUUUGGGUUUGGUAGAUGCCCAAAGCCCCACCCGCCGUCACCCUGCAGCCACUGAGCAAUGUUUACCUGUCGAGGGAGGGAGAAAAGACGGAAAUGUUCCUUCACACAAAAGGAGACACAAGCCAGUUAUUCAUUUGUACUCUUCUCAGCUUAAACCAGAGUUAUUUGGAAGUUACAAAAAUA